AUGGAGAAUAUCGAUAAUGAACAACAACAACAACAACAACAUCAGAUAGAAGCUACUGAAUAUUCUGAUGUAGAAUCAUCACCGGAUGAAACGAUCAAUACUAAACAAUUACCACCAACAACAAUAUCCUUAAUUCAAUCUCUUCAACUCGAAGAAAAUGAAGAGGCAAAUAAGAAGAAAAAGAAGAAGAAAAAGAAAGUCAAAACUCUUCGUCAAAAAGAACUUGAACAUUUAACAAAAGUAACAAAAGCUAUAUUUGCUUCUCCUGAACAAUUAAAUACUGUAUGUGAACGUAUUAAUUCAUUAUUAUUAGGUCACAAAACAAGAUUACUUGCUGUUUGUCAUUCAUUAGAUAAACUACAUUCCGGUCGUUUACCAUAUGAACAAUUUCGACUUAUCAUCAAAGAUCGAUUGCCUGAAAUGUCUAUAGAAGAUUUUUUUGUUCUUAUAAAAUUAUUCGAAAUUGAAGGUUUAAUUGAUUAUCGAACAAUAUUAGAUGAAAAACUUGGUAAUGGUAUUUUACAACAUAUAACAAAAUUAUCUGUACCAAAACCAAAAGAAAUUGUUCUUGAAAAAUCUCCAAAGAAAUUUCAACAAAAAUUUAAUGAAUCUUUACAAUUAAAUCAUAUUAGAUAUGUUACUAUUCAUCUUCGUUUUAUCACAUUCGAUUCCUACCAUGGAUAUCCAGGUCAUAUACAUAUUACUGUACCAGAUUAUAUAAGCAUCUAUGCUCUAUCUAAAAUGAUUAUUGAUAAAACAGAUUUAGCUACACGAUCUGUCAGGAUAUUUCGUGAAAAUACUCGUUCACGUAAUACUCCUCUAGAUCCGAUGCAUUCACUUGAAAAUUAUUCCUAUAUAGGUGCAUAUGUUGAUGGUACACAUAAUCAAUCAUUUCCUACUUAUACACUCUAUUAUGAUUAUUUACCAACGAACGUACAAGUUGAUUGUCCAAUACUUAAAUGUGAUUAUUAUAUGAAAUGA